CAAAGCUAACAAACAUCACUUAAUCAAGUGCAAUGGUUCGCGCAGAGAUCGAAACCGGAGCUCCUUUCCGGUCUGUUAAAGAGGCCGUCACUCUCUUCGGCGAGAGAAUCCUUCUCGGAGAUAACUACGUCAACAAAUCCGUAGAGAGAAACAGUUGUAAAAGCAUCCAAGAAGAGCUGGUUGAAGCGAAGGAGAGUCUUGAGAAAGCUGAGGAAGAGAACAAGGUUUUGUCUCAGCUUAUCGAAACCCUCACACAAGAGCUUGAAGCCACUAAGGAAAAGCUUAAUAACUCACUCAGAAAAUUCCCAGAGCACCCUCAAGUCGAAGAUGACGAUGACCUCAAAUUCAUAGAGCAAUCCACGGUUAACGAACGGGACAGCAUAACCGAGAUCAAGAUGACCCGGUAUGAUCAAAAUGAAGCGUAUGAUGAUCAUCUGGAGAGGAGGCGUUCGGUGAAGUUUGCGAACCCACCAUUGUUAACGAAGGUUAUUAAUGUGGGAAAAGAGGAGAAGAGCAAAGCUAUGGUGAAGAAGCAGACGAAGAAGAUGAAGCAGUUGGCUCCAUUGGCCGCUUGGCUCUUUGCAAGAAACCGGUCUAGCUAGUUAAACACUCUAGAGAUCCUCAUCUCGUGUUUAGUACGUACCCAUGCGUAUACGUACCAUGCCUUACGAGUAAAUAAGUAUCCCCGAAUUCAUUGUUUUUAAAUUUGGGGAGCGAUUCAUUCCACUUAGAUUUUGUUACAUAUUAUAUUUAC